CGAGUUUGGCGCCGUUCGUUGGCGGAUGCCGCUUUUCUUUCAUACUCGGUCCGUCCCUUUUUAUGUUCGCUUCAGUUGAAGAUCUCCUUUAAAUUCAUAUGUUCCAGUUAUCGCCCUUAUUUGUCUUCAAGAGUUAUUCUUUGGCUUGAGUUGAGAUGCUGCGAGCUGCGGUGACUACCAAGAACCUCGGCGAACGAGUGGAUGAGUACCAUCUUAAGACCCGAAGAUUACCUGCUCUUUGUAACGGCCGUCUCUCAGUUUGUGUAGCAAUCGACCUUCUUGAUGUAUUCUCAAUAUUUUCUACAUUAUCGUUAGUGGCGUUCAAAUUCCGUCAAUCGAUGUUUGCCUUUUCUCCGUACCUCUUCAUGCCCGAAAAACGGUGUGAAUACUUGCUCACGAUAAAGGGAACAAUCAGAUCAUGUUCCAAAAAUCCAAACUACAAAUCUCCACCCUCUUCAUGUUCCUGCCAACAUCAUUCAAUGCAUUCGAUAAACUCCAGGUGGUGGCAGAUAUUCCCUAAAGGUCAAGGGUAGCCAGGCGGCAGCACACGGUAUGACGCCGGCUGGGAAACGGCACGCGGAUUCAGGAACUUGUCUCUGAAAGGACGGCGAGCAUUCGUUCAAAAGCCACGCUCUCCCUCUCGCCCCAGAUUUCUAGCGAUGCCCACUUUCAGUUGGAGACGGAAUGGUCCAGGAGGAAUAGAAAGACUUUAAAGUCUAUCCUUUACCAAUUUCCAACCC